CGCCGACGAAGACGAGUUAUUCGAGGCACGAUGGUCCACACCAAAGCAAGUUCCGGCAAGAAGGACGAGCCGGAGGCAGCCCCCAGCUGGACGAUCGGCCUGCUGUACGCGCCGCUGUUGCUGGCGGCCAUGGCGGUGCUGGCGCUGAUCGUGACGCUGCACCUGAUGUACAAGCCGUGGCUGCUCGACUCCCACUACCGCCACUACACGUUCUACAUCGCCAGCGCCGUCACCGUGGCCGCCUUCCUCGUGUGCUGCUGCAUCGCCUUCUGCACCCGGCGAAAGCAGAUGUACGCACGUCUUGGCUACGUGACUGCGCGCACGCGGCUGCUGGACGGGAAGACGUACCUGCCACUCUACGUGGACGUGGAGGCUCCUCCGGCCAAGACUAGCACGCUUCCGGUCAAGUUCGUCGCGCCUCCAGAGAACACAGCCAAACCUUCAGCGGGCUGAGCGCCGACGAGAGCGCCGCCUGUCCGCUGCUCCCAGAAGCAGCGCCCUUUUGUCACGUGACGUCAGAACUGCACCCAGCGGGACUUCCCCGCGGUCGCAUCUUCCGAGCCCACGUCUGCGCCGCGACCUGUGUGCACUCUGAAGUCGCCGCACUUGCUCGUGAGCUACACGGAUCUCUGCACUCCGCCAGAACAGAGGUGUUCAGCGUGCUACAGAUUUCCAUCAAACUUUGAGGAGCAUAAUGAAGAAACAAUAAAAAAUUCUACAGUUCACAGAAAAUCGAGAAUAACAAUAUGGCCCACUGACAAUAAGGACAGCAAAAUUUCCACAGUAAAGAAGUAUAUUGUUGGUGAUUUGAUGAAACGUAGCUCAAGGAACGAGGAAGGAGAAGAUGUCAAAACCAUUCUGUCUUUGUAGCACUUUGGUUCAUCUAGUAUGUCAACAAUGAAACAGUGAUUGUUCAAUCAAUAAAUUUUUGCAGAACUACUCAACCUCCAAAGUAUGAGUGACAGAGAAGCCAGAUGGAGUAUCUGUGCUCAUAUUUUGUACAUAACGAAAUGUACUGGAUAACCAAUGUUGGACAUGAUAAAGGACAUACUCAUUAUUUUUGAAGAUGAUAGUAGUAAAAAAAGCAGCGAUGGAAAACAACAUGAAUAGAACUGUACCUGAGAAAGUUAUCAAACACUGAUAUUAUUUUGUUAUAAAAAAACCAAAGUAGUUAACAAGACACAAUUCAAAAUUCUACAUCGAACUGGAUUACUGCGUCAGCCAACUUAAAAUCUGGGCACAGCGUAAAACAAUGACUCAAUAGCGAUGCGCCUCAGUAGUAUCGUUUUUUCCCUCUUUCACCAGGAUUCACUGAAUAUGUUUUUUCGAAGAGUUCAAUACCUAUCCGAGACGAAUUCCGUAUUGAGCUGGAGAGGUGAAGUGGCUUUGUUUCUUAAAAUGAGUACCUUAUAUUAAACGCAUUGGUUGUUAAUGCUAGUCAGUAGUUGUAACGGUAACAACAACCUCUCAGUAUUUCAAAUAGCGUUUAGCAGAAGAAAAUAGUUGAAGAUGAGAAUGGUGCGUUAGAAACGGAAAGACUUAUGUUUCAUGUCAGUCAAGCUUGUGCUUUCAGCAUCAAUAUAACUCUGUAACGUUACUCCUAGAACUUCCCAUACUAUACCUGCCUCUUGAAAAUCAAAUUAAAUAUCAAGAAUGCUGUCUGGUUUCUCUGUAAUCCUUUUUGCCCCACAUUACAUCAAUUUUACACAACGUUUACAGGGAAAUUCCAAGGAAUAUGUCUGAAUAUACAUGGUGAAGCAAAAGCUUGUACAACAGUUCUGACAUUUUUCGUAUUCUGAUAGUAAUUUAGUCUAUAAGUGUAGAUUUCUGUAUUAUCUUUAAAAUGAAAUAUACUUAAAAAUGUGCUACUGGUUACCUAUACCCACAUAUUUGUCUCUUCUAUUGUUUAACGGAGACUAUUAUUUGAACCAGUUCAACAUAUUAUUCAAAAAAAAUAUUUCCAUCAUGUGAUGUGGAUGUUGU